CACGUCGCAGCGCACUAAAAGGUCUAUAUUAGGUCGUGUGCCGGCGUAAUAAUGACGCUGUCGUCGAGCCACAACGUUUAAACCAUCGCUGGCGAGCUACAAUUGCUCAAAUAAGCAAGUGCUCUCACUGCUCAGAGAGAGCGGCGUGAACGGACGCAGGGAUGGAGGAGUUAGCCGUCCUCGUCGCCUGGCGCCUCGACCCACCGCCCGUGAAUACGCACGUGAGGACUAAGGCCGGCCCGCCGCCGCUCGCGCGCGGGUGCAGCGUGCUCGACGACGAGGACGCCAUUUGGGCCGCUGAUGAGAUGGACGAGGCGCGCCGACGCGAGGCCAAGGCUAUUGUUGAAGCACAGGGCCGAGUGCUGGCACCGUUCUGGGUCGACAAGUACGACCGGGAGGCAAGUAAGGCCUGGGACCGCUUCUACCGGCGGACGAGCGUGGCGCCGUACAAAGAUAGACACUACCUCGACGUAAACUUCCCGGGGGCUUUUGACGCGCCGCGUGGCGUGGCCCUGGAAGUCGGUUGCGGCUGUGGCAGCGCGGCGGCGCCGAUCCUGCGCGACCAUGCUGGGUGGCGCGUCGUCGCGAUUGAUUUCGCGGCGUCCGCCGUGGAACGGCUUCGGGCGAGACGGCUGGACCGCGUGGAGGUGGCCCUCUGCGACGUCGUCAAGGACGCGCUGCCCUGCGACGGCGUGGACGUCGUCCUCUGUCUGUUUGUGUUGUCGAGCAUCGCACCCGGCGCAUUACCAGGAGUAGUCGCGAAGCUCGGGGCGGCGCUCAAGCCGGGUGGCCGGCUUCUGUUUCGAGAUUACGGCCGCUACGACGCGGCGCAGUUGCGCUUCGGGAAGGGCCAGAAAGUCGGCGACCACCGGUACGUCAAGGCCGACGGCACGGCUUGCUUCUACUUCGAUCUGGACGACGUUUCUGAAUUAUUCGCCGGCUUCGACGUCCUCAGUCUGAAUCUCGACUGCCGGCAGGAGGCGAACCGCGCGACGAAGACGCGUCGCCGGCGCGUUUUUGUGGAGGGCGACUUCCGGAAGCGCCGGGACUAG